AGAUCAACGCUAACAGCCAACAUCAGCUUUACACAAUCCUUUUGGGCCCGAACAUCUACUGAAGAAUGGCGAGUGCACUGAGAUCCUGGACCGUGCCGCUGGCUCUUGUGCUGUGUGUCAUAGUGUGUCUCAGCAGCCUGGCUGAAGCUUACCCACCCAAACCAGAACCUCCAGCGGGAGAUGUGGGUCCAGAGGAGAUGGCCAAGUACCACACGGCUCUAAGACACUACAUCAACCUCAUCACACGACAGAGAUACGGGAAGAGAUCCACCCCUGAGGCCGCUGUGGCUGAACUGCUGUUCGGUGAAGAUGAACAGGACGUCAGGCCUCGUGUGGAAGACUUGUUAUGGUGAUGUGACUCCUCUCUGUGGCUGGUGCAGUGACUUUUUUCAACCAUCCAUCUUUAUGAUAAUAAAUGAGUUUACUGAACAGCAGAAACCAGCAUGAGCCAAACCCUCAUCAAAAUGAGGCUCCAAAAACACCUCAUGACCUGCACAUCUCGUAUCAUAUUUUUUUCUUUCUCUCUUUCUCUUCCUCUCUUAUUAGUUGAUUUACGCUUUGUGAAAGACAAUUGUAAAUAAUUUAUUAUUCAAUGACAAAAUUACAAUAAUAAAGAAUUACUGAAUGUCGAA